CACACACAGAAAAAGAAGAAGAAGAAGAGGAAGACAGACCAGACAGACUCAUAAACACCUGAACAUAACGUGUGGUAAUCAUUCUCGUUUAAAUUGCUCUCUUAAUGAAGUCAAAUGCUCUUGAAUCGCUGGUUUAGACUAUGCUCUUCGUGCAGCCGUGUACUUCACACCAACAGAGGAAGAGGAGGUUCAUGGAGGACACUAACAGGACUCACAAGUGUGCAACACUGGGGUACAGUGGCACAAAAACGCCUCUGUCACAGGGAUGUGGGGGACUUGUACAAGACUGAGAGUGUUCAGAGGUAUCUCCAGCAGCUCAUGGAGGAGUACAGAGAUGUCUGCAGGAAGCUUCAACACACACACCUCAGUGAAGCAGACAGAAAAGUGCUCAUGAAGAAACACACAGAGCUGCUGCCUGUUGCAAGUGUGUUUGAGAGCAUUGGAGAAGCCCUGAAAGACCUGCAGGAAGUCCUUUCACUUCUACAUAGUUCAGCUGGCACCAAAGAAGAAGACCAACAACUCACCCAUCUGUUAAAAGAGGAGGAAGCUCUUAUGUCUCGCAACAUUUUAACCUUAAGAAAAGACUUGAUCAAAACUCUCGUGCCCUCCGACCCUCUUGACUCCAGUGACGUCGUGCUGGAGGUCGUAUCAGGACGAACAACAGGAGGUGACAUCUGUCAGCAGUUCACCAGUGAAAUGUUCGACAUGUACGAGGGCUUUGCCUCUUACAAGAACUGGCACUUUGACCUUUUAAACUACACGUCUGCUGAGUAUGGCGGUUUGCACCAUGCAGCAGUAAGAAUAGCCGGGGAGAAUGUGUACAGACAUCUAAAGCAUGAAGGAGGAACACACAGGGUGCAGAGGAUCCCUGAGGUGGGCCUGUCCUCCAGGAUGCAGCGUAUUCACACAGGAACCAUGACUGUUAUAAUCCUGCCUCAGCCCGUGGAGUUUGACAUCCAAAUUGACCCAAAGGAUCUUCGCAUCGACACGUUCAGAUCUCGAGGGGCCGGAGGUCAAAGUGUCAACACAACAGACAGUGCAGUGCGCAUCGUUCAUCUUCCCACUGGUGUAACAGCCGAAUGCCAGCAGACUCGCUCUCAGCUGCAGAACAGAGACACGGCCAUGCGUGUGCUGAAGGCUCGGCUCUACCAGAGCAUGAUGGGUAAAGAGACGGAGCAGAGGCAUACAGCAAGAAAGCAGCAGGUGGGCACUCGUUCUCAGUCGGAGAGGAUUCGCACCUACAACUUCAGCCAGGAUCGUGUCACAGACCACAGGACUGGAUAUGUCACUCGAGAUAUCAAGGAGUUCAUGAGAGGAGGCGAGGCUCUCCAUGAUCUGAUCUCUGACGUCCGUGAACACGCAGAGAGGGAGGCGCUUAUAGAGAUGGUGGAGAGCUGCAGCAGCAGCAAUCUAAACUCACAAAGGCCUGGAAACCCCUCAGAGUAACAUGCAGGCAGUUGACUAUCAAAUGCACAGAAAAAAGCAAUUAUUCAUUUUUGGGCUGUUCUAUUUAUUUUGACAGUAGUGCUAUUUAUGCUUUAAGCUAUUUAAGACCAACUGCAGCUCAAUCAGAUGUCAUUUGAGAUGUUUAUUUUUGGUAAUAAAAUGUUAAACUCA